GCACAACUCAAUCGCACUUCACAUUUGGAUUACUAUUUUAAAACUUAUUUUUAUUUUAAGUUUUAUAACGUGUCGAGUGUAUCGACGAAAUAACUCUGAUUUUAGUGGUGUUUCCAUUAAAAAAACUUUAGUGUCUCCAUGAAUGGGAUUAUGGGCUCUAAAGAGUGAUAUAUUGUAUAUACAUAUUAUUGUUAACCAAUUAAUUGGCUGUUAAAUUGUUUUACUAUUCAAUAUUAUAGUUUAUACAAUUUUAUUUUUGAGUAUUCAUACGUCUAAUCAACUGAAUUGACCGCAAAGUGAUUGGUGAUGGAGUCGGGACACGCCAAGACAUGGCAGGAAGUGGUCGACUACUUCCAGAGCGACACCGAUAAGGGCUUAAGCGAGGAUCAGGUGAAGAGGUAUCAAGAAAAAUAUGGUCCAAACGAAUUGCCGGCAGAAGAAGGCAAAAGCAUCUGGCAGUUAGUGAUCGAGCAAUUCGACGACCUUUUAGUGAAGAUUUUAUUAUUAGCCGCUAUUAUAUCAUUCAUUUUAGCCUUUUUUGAAGAAAAUGAAGACUCGGUGACGGCUUUUGUCGAGCCGUUUGUCAUUUUACUUAUUUUGAUCGCAAACGCUGUGGUAGGCGUGUGGCAGGAGCGGAACGCCGAGAGUGCUAUCGAAGCGCUCAAAGAGUAUGAGCCGGAGAUGGGAAAAGUUGUCCGACAGGACAAACAGGGCGUCCAGAAGAUCAGAGCCAAAGAGAUAGUUCCCGGAGAUAUCGUUGAGGUGUCGGUCGGUGACAAAGUGCCCGCAGAUAUCAGACUCGUUAAGAUCUUGUCGACAAUCCUUCGCGUCGACCAGUCUAUCCUUACCGGCGAAUCUGUGUCUGUUAUCAAACACACGGAUUGUAUUCCCGAUCCCCGGGCUGUCAAUCAGGACAAGAAGAAUAUAAUCUUUUCGGGCACAAACAUUGCUUCGGGAAAAGCGAUGGGUAUAGUGAUUGGUACGGGUCUGGAGACAGCCAUCGGUAAGAUCAGGACAGAGAUGGUGGAGACGGAGGAAGUGAAGACACCUCUGCAGCAGAAAUUGGAUGAAUUCGGUGAACAGCUGUCGAAAGUUAUUUCAGUCAUUUGUGUGGCCGUGUGGGCCAUCAAUAUCGGUCACUUCAACGACCCGGCUCACGGAGGCUCUUGGAUCAAAGGCGCCAUCUAUUACUUCAAGAUCGCUGUUGCGUUGGCCGUCGCUGCCAUUCCUGAGGGAUUACCCGCUGUUAUCACCACUUGUCUGGCUUUAGGCACAAGACGUAUGGCUAAGAAGAACGCAAUCGUCCGCUCUCUGCCAUCCGUUGAGACUCUCGGCUGCACUUCAGUCAUCUGUUCCGACAAAACCGGAACUCUCACAACGAAUCAGAUGUCCGUCAGUCGAUUCUUCACAAUCAAUGAAGCGGACGGGUCUGACAUAAAACUGGAUGAGUUCGAAGUGACGGGAUCUACAUAUGAGCCAAUCGGCGAAGUGUUUCUCAAAGGCAAUAAAGUGAAGUGUUCUGACUAUGAGACCAUCUUCGAGUUGGCCACCAUCUGCACGAUGUGUAACGACUCGAGCAUUGAUUUCAAUGAAUAUAAGCAGAUGUUUGAGAAGGUAGGAGAAGCCACCGAAACAGCACUCGUCGUGUUGGCCGAGAAGAUGAAUCCCUGGAAUUUUGAGAAACGAGGCCUCAAUCGAAGGGAAGCCGCGAUUAUUGUCAACCAAAACAUUAAGAAUAUGUGGAGAAAAGACUUUACGUUAGAGUUCUCUCGAGACAGGAAAUCGAUGAGCGCUUACUGUGUGCCCAAACAGGCCGGCAAACUGGGCUCCGGGCCUAAGAUGUUCUGCAAGGGCGCACCGGAAGGAGUGUUGGAUCGAUGUUCUCACGUGAGAGUAGGCGACAAGAAAGUCCCCAUGACUUCUGCACUGAAAAACAAAAUUUUGGAGACAACUCGUCAUUACGGGUGCGGUCGGGACACUCUGCGAUGUCUGAGUUUAGCCACUCUCGACAACCCCCUCCGACCCGAUGAGAUGGAUUUGGUCGACUCCACAAAGUUUGCCAAUUAUGAGGUUAACAUGACUUUCGUGGGAGUGGUGGGUAUGUUGGACCCGCCCCGCAAAGAGGUGUUCGACUCCAUAAACCAAUGCCGCGCCGCAGGAAUUCGAGUCAUUGUCAUCACCGGUGAUAAUAAGGCUACCGCUGAAGCCAUUUGCAGACGAAUUGGUGUAUUUGGUGAGAACGAAGACGUGACUGGAAUGUCAUAUUCGGGCCGAGAGUUCGAUGACUUGCCGCUCAACGAGCAGAGGAACGCUGUCCGUCGGUCGCGACUGUUCUCACGUGUAGAGCCGGCGCACAAAUCCAAAAUCGUGGAGUUCCUGCAGGCGGACGGAGAGAUCUCUGCCAUGACUGGCGACGGCGUGAACGACGCGCCCGCUCUUAAGAAGGCUGAGAUCGGUAUUGCUAUGGGUUCGGGAACUGCUGUCGCGAAAUCUGCGGCUGAGAUGGUGUUGGCCGACGACAACUUCUCGUCAAUCGUGGCGGCCGUAGAGGAGGGCCGAGCCAUCUAUAAUAAUAUGAAACAAUUCAUUCGAUAUCUCAUCUCUUCAAACAUCGGCGAAGUCGUCAGUAUUUUCCUAACGGCGGCGCUCGGACUCCCGGAAGCCUUAAUCCCUGUCCAACUCCUUUGGGUUAAUCUUGUGACUGACGGACUGCCGGCCACUGCCCUGGGCUUCAAUCCACCGGAUCUGGACAUUAUGGACCGCCCGCCCCGUAAAGCCAACGAACCACUCAUCACCGGAUGGCUGUUCUUCCGUUAUAUGGCUGUCGGAUCAUACGUGGGCGCUGCGACUGUAGGAGCUGCAUGCUGGUGGUAUAUGGUGGCCCCCGACGGCCCUCACCUCACAUACUAUCAUCUCUCUCAUCACCUGUCGUGUAUCGGUGACGCCGACAACUUCAAGGGCGUCGACUGCAAUAUCUUCCACGACCCGCACCCCAUGACAAUGGCUUUGUCGGUGUUGGUCACCAUCGAGAUGUUGAACGCGUUGAACAGUCUAUCGGAGAACCAGUCGCUGAUAGCGAUGCCCCCCUGGACUAACAUAUGGCUACUGUCAGCGAUGGCCCUUUCCAUGACCCUUCACUUCAUGAUUCUUUAUGUCGAUAUACUUUCGGUGGUAUUCUCUGUGUGUCCGCUCACAUUCAGCGAAUGGUGGGCUGUAUUGAAGAUCUCAUUACCGGUCAUAUUAUUAGACGAGACGUUAAAAUUCAUUGCCCGCAAGUUCAUUGAUGGUAACCGCCAUUCAAUUGUCGAAUUACUCUAUUUAUUAGGCGCUUGGGUUCUAUACUUUGCUCUCCUGUCUACCACUUCCACUGAAUUGUUUGAUUUAAGUUAUUUACACCUAACAAGUGUUGCCUCUAAAGUCUAAUUACCUAUAACUACUCUCCCCUUUUCUCUCUCUCCCCUUAUUUUUCCGAAACCUUUUAAUAUGUGUUUGAUUUUUUUAAAACAAACUUUUGGCUACA